AUGGCAACAUCCAUGCAGAAAGAAGUAAAUGUAUUAUUACUUGGAGAGACUGGUGUAGGAAAAUCUACAUUUAUAAGCGCACUCUAUAAUUAUCUUAAAUUCGAUACAUUAAACGAAGCAUUAUCUGGAAAUAUGGAAAUAUUGAUCUCAUCAAAGUUCACAGUAACAGAUGAGAAUUAUGAGUUUAAAACCAUAGAACUUGGAGAUGAUUCAAACGAAAAUCUAGAAAAUGUCGGAAUGUCAGCCACUCAAUCAUGUAGAGAAUAUCAAUUUGACUUAGGAGAUCUGAUCAUAAGAUUUAUUGAUAGUCCAGGAAUAGGAGACACCAGAGGGGUUGAUAAAGACAAGGAAAACUUUGAAAAUAUUCUCAAAUAUAUUAGCAAUUACGAAUAUCUGAAUGGGAUUUGUAUCCUUCUCGAGCCAAAUAAUUGGCGAUUGACUGUAUUUUUUGAAUUUUGUAUACAGGAAUUAUUAUCUCAUUUGCAUAAGAGUGCCAAAGAUAAUAUAGUUUUCUGUUUCACUAAUUGCAGACGAACGCUUUAUCGUCCAGGUGAUACAUUUCCAGCACUUAAAGAGCAACUUCGUAAGCUUGAACAAAGAUCUGGUGUUGAAAUAAAAAUGAACAAAGAAACUAUAUACUGUCUUGACAAUGAAUCAUUUCGGUUUCUAGCUGCAUUCAAAAAUGGUGUGAAAUUUGAUAAAAUGGAUGAAACAAACUUUACAGAAAGUUGGAAAAGAUCCGUCGCUGAAUCUGUAAGACUCUUUGAAUAUCUUUGCCUCUGUGAUCCUCACAAAGUACAAGAUACAUUAACACUCAAUGAAGCUAGAAAGAUAGUAUUACAUCUUGCUAUACCUUUUGCAAGCAUAGAACAGCUUAUUCAAACAAAUAUUAAUCUGAUUAAAGAUCGACAAAAAGAGAUUGAUAGCUGCACUGAAUCUAUUAAGGAUCUUAAAAAGAGAUUAUAUAUUCCACAACAAUACCAUGAAUCCACUGAUUGCAAUUACGAAUACGUAGGUGGAAAAGUAAACUACAAAUCUCAUUGUCAUGAACAUUGUUAUUUGGAUGAGAUUGUGCCUGAAGUGCGUAAUAAUUCUGCAUUAUUGAAUAUUAUUGAUGAAAGUGUGGAAAUACAGAUUAAUGAUAAAAAAUCAUUUCAAAACACAAAAGAAAGUGCCAUAAGAAAUUGCGAACAAAGACGAAAGCAACUAGAGAGUGAACAAAAGAUUAUAACUAAAAUUAAUAUAAUCCUAGAAAGUGAACAAAAGAUUAUAACUAAAAUUAAUAUAAUCUUUGCGAAAUUUCUAAGACAAAGUGCAAUAGCCACAUUUAAUGAUUCAUAUUCUAAAUAUCUAGAUCAUUUAAUACGUGAAGAAAGAAUCAAGCAAAGUUUUGAUCCCACUAAAUAUAAUAAUGUAAUUAUUGAAGGACUCGAAAAGACGAAAAGAGAAUAUCAAGAAAAAAUUGAGGUUAUAAAGAAAGCACUCGCUGUUAAUGAUUCUUCUGAAGAUUUAAUUACCCCAGAAGAUAUUGUUAGAUAUGAAAAAGAAUUGUAUAAUUUGAAAAUCAAUGGGGAAAUGUUGAAAAAUAAAUCUCAAUCUAAGACAAAUAGUCAUAGAAAUGCGCGCAAAUCAGAGUCUAAAUAUUUUGCUCGAUUCUUUAAGCGUUAA